CUGCUACUCGAAAAAUACUAAAACCCCAAUGUGUGAAAGCGUUGCUGGUCUCAUGCAGAUUUGACGGCCGUGCAUUCUUGCAAAAGUUCAGGGGAAAGAGCAUUUUGUUUGCAGGCGAUUCUCUGACCCGUGAUCAGUAUAUGUCCCUGGCCUGCUUGCUCUACACUAGCGUGCCGGGGACAAAUUACAACAUGACAAGAGUAGGCCUAAUCUCCACCUUGAAAUUCUUGGACUAUGGACUCACACUGAUCCUUGAUAGAAAUGCCUUUCUGGUGGAUCUGGUGCCAGAAAAGAUCGGUGUAGUUCUAAAACUAGAUUCAGUUGCAGGAAGUGAAAAGCUAUGGUCAGGUCAUGACCUGCUUGCCUUCAAUACAUGGCAUUGGUGGGGCUACAAAGGAGCUCAACAACCGUGGAAAUAUAUUCAGAUAGGAACAAGGCUCUUGAAAGACAUGGACCGGAUGGUGGCUUUUGAGACCGCACUUGAGACAUGGGCUAAAUGGGUGGACACAAAUGUAGAUCCUGCUAAAACCACCGUUUUCUUUCUUGGAGUUUCUCCAUCCCAUUACAAGGGGAGUGAUUGGAACCAACCUCAAGUGAAAAACUGUGCUGGGCAAACUCGGCCGGUGCCCGGGCCAACAUAUCCAGGAGUAUUGCCACCAGCUUUAGCAGUGCAGAAGAAAGUAUUGAGCGAGAUGAGGGUUCCUGUGAAAUUGCUGGAUAUAACCACCCUUUCUCAAUUCCGUGUAGAUGCACAUCCGUCCUUUUAUGGCGCUGCAACUGCUGCUGCUGACUGCACCCACUGGUGUAUAGCUGGACUGCCUGAUACCUGGAAUCAAUUACUAUAUAAUCUUCUUUAUUGAUAUACAGAAAAGAAAGCAAAAAAAAGAUAUCAGAAUUAAUCAUGGAUUUCACACCAAAUAGUAGAAAACAAGUACCAUACAAAAUUCUCUCACUUGGGCUGUUGGUGAGAUUAAAGAAUCAAACCUUGCCUCCUACCGGCCACUACACCUGGCUUGCCACUUUCAGUGGCUUUCUCCGACGGUGAUUUUCGUUGGUUAGGUUUUCCUUUCUCCUAGAAUAGGAUAUUAGUAGGUUAUAGAAAUGUUAUCGUUGUGACAAAAAAUUAAUUACUGUACAAAAUUCUCAACUUUGAAGAAUUAUAUUAUCAUACUGUACAAUACAAAGGAGCACCAGAGAGGCCCCAUUCAUUCAAAAUC